AUGAGCGCUCCGCCCCUAGCGGCACCGAAGCCCAACACCCUUCACUGCCCAACGGCGUACAGCGGGAGCGCGAAUGCUCCCCAGCUCCUGGGGCCAAACCGCUCGGCGCGUGCAGCGUGGUUUGCUGAGCUGCACGCGUGCCGCAAGUCGGAACUGAGCGGCUACGGUGGGGGAGUUUAUGACCACCCACGCCUGCGGUGGUCGCAGCACGCGUUCGCAAUCCCCAUGGUUCAAGGGUACGAGCGCACGCUGUACAAUGAAACCUUGGGUCGGUGGACCGUUGACAAAUACCUGUCGGAUGUAGGGGCACGCUACGGCGGUGUGGAUGCGAUCCUGCUUUGGCCCACCUACACUAACUUGGGGCUCGAUGAUAGAAAUCAGCUGGACCUGUACCGUGCGCUUCCAGGUGGCAUCUCGGCAGUGCGCAAUGUGAGCGACCAACUUCGGCAGCGCGGCGUGCAUGUGCUCUGGUCUUACAACCCGUGGGACACAGGCACGCGGCGAGAGGUAGCAGCAAACGGCAGCACUCCUGACGAUGCCACUGUAUUCGCGUCCGUCCUCAAGGCUGGCGGCGCGGACGGGAUAAAUGGUGAUACCAUGAGCCACGUGCCGAAGGAGUGGUGGAUCGACAGCCUAGCGGUCGGCAGCGAGGACACGUAUCAACCCGAGGGCGGCGGGACGAUCGCGUCGAUGGACUGGGAGACGAUGUCGGUCUGCCACUGCAAGUUCGACAAGGGAGCAGCGCAGGGGCCUACGGCGCAGACGGUCGAUCAUUACAAGUGGCUCGAGCCGCGGCGCAUGACGAGCGUGCGCGACCGGUGGUCGCACUCGCACGUGGACGCGCUGCACUUCUCCUUCUUCAACGGUGUUGGCUUCGAGACAACAGAGUCCAACUGGGGCUCGUGGAAUGGCAUCACGCCGCGCGACGGCGAGGCGAUCCGCCGAAUCUUCACCAUCCUGCGCUUCUUCGCGAAAGCGGGCCUCGUUGGUGCGAGCGGAUGGGAGCCGCACGACCCUGGCGUGCUCGUCGAUGGAGUCUUCGGCAGCCGCUUCCCGCUUCCGGCGCAGAAUGAGACGCUGUACACGAUGGUCAACCGCGCCGGCACCAGCCACAGCUCGAGGCCGCAGCUCGUCCUCCGCGCGGCAGAACGGGCCGCCCCGGCGUACGACUGCUGGCGCGGCGAGAGGCUCGCCGUCUCUCCCACGGACGGCUCAGUCAGCUUUGCGCUCGAGGCCUCAGGCUUCGGCUGCGUGCUCUCGUCGCACAACUCGACCGCUGGCGGCAGGCCACUCGCCGAGUUCCUCGCCACGAUGCGCCGGCUGAGUGCCGCUGGCCCGCUCUCCGCGUUCAGCAGCGAGUGGACCUUUCUCAAGCAGACCAUGGUGCCACACCCGCCCUCGCCGCCGACCGCGUCUGCUCCACCGGGCAUGGUUCCCAUCCCGGCAGCCAACUAUUCAUUCCACGUCGCCGGCGUCGAGGACCAGGGUGGACCGACGGGCCCCGACGUUCAAUACCCCUGGGAGUCUCACCCUCAGCGCAUUCACUCGGCCUUGCUGCAGGUCGCUGCAUUUUUCAUGGACAAGCAUCCCGUGACCGCUGCUGAGUAUGGAGCAUAUCUGAACGCCACCGGGUACGUGCCAUGCGAUCCGCACAACUUUUUGAGUAGCUGGAACGGGUCGAGGCCAGAGCCCCCUCCCGCGUUGGCGCGGACGCCAGUCGUACACGUCUCGCUCCAGGAAGCUCGGCAGUACUGCGCGUGGGCUGGCAAGCGAUUACCGCGUGAAUGGGAGUGGCAGUACGCGGCGCAGGGCCUCGACAACCGCACCUUCCCUUGGGGUAACCACAGCUGCGGCCACUGCACACCCGAGCCGCACGUAGGACAGCGAGCGCCCGUCCCGCCGGCGGUGGGCUCGCGCUCGCCUGAGGGCGACUCGCCGUUCGGCGUCGCCGACCUGGUUUCAACGGUCUGGCAGUACACGAGCGAAUUCAUGGACGCGCACUCGCGCGGCGUCAUACUGCGUGGGGGCUCCCUCUACCAGGCAGGCGUGGCCGGCGUGAAGGGUUCGCAUUGGUACUUCCCAACUGUCAUGGGGCUGUUCCAGCACAACAAGUACAUGCUGAUGAGCGCUUCCUACGAGCGCGCCGCGACCCUUGGCUUCAGAUGCGUCAAGGACUCGGCCUGA